AUGUAUCUAGGUCCAAAAAUGGUUCUUCAUUAUGGAGACUUGACGGAUUCAACUAAUCUUGUUCAUAUUGUUUCACAAGUACUUCCAACUGAAAUUUAUAAUCUUGGAGCUCAAUCUCAUGUCAAAGUUUCUUUUGAUAUGGCUGAAUAUACUGGUGAUGUUGAUGCUUUAGGAACUUUACGUUUAUUAGAUGCCAUAAGGACUGUUGGUUUAACAAAUCAUGUCAGGUUUUAUCAGGCAUCCACAUCUGAACUUUAUGGUAAAGUUGUGGAAACCCCACAGUCAGAAACCACACCAUUUUAUCCUCGUUCACCCUAUGGUGUAGCUAAACUUUAUGCCUAUUGGAUUGUUGUCAAUUACCGCGAGGCAUACAAUAUGUUUGCUUGUAAUGGUGUUUUGUUCAAUCACGAAUCUCCACGUAGAGGUCGUACUUUUGUAACUCGUAAAAUUUCUAGAGCCGUAGCUGAAAUUCACCUAGGUAAACAAAGCUGUCUAUAUCUUGGUAACAUUGAUUCUAAGCGUGAUUGGGGUCAUGCAAGAGAUUAUAUUGAGGGAAUGUGGUUGAUGUUACAACAAGAUCAUCCAGAUGAUUUUGUUUUAGCCACAGGUGAAACUCACACUGUCCAAGAAUUUGUUGAAAAAUCAUUUGCUGUAAUUAAUAAAACCAUUAUUUGGAAAGGCGAAGGUGAAAAUAUAGUUGGAAGCGAAGCUGAUACCGGAAUAGUUCGUGUGCGUGUGGACCCAAAAUACUUCCGUCCAACUGAAGUUGAUCUUUUGCUUGGUGAUCCUACUAAAGCUUAUAAUAAACUUGGUUGGAAACGUAAAGUUGAUUUUGAUUCACUUGUAAAGGAAAUGGUUUUGGCUGAUAUUGAGGAAAUUCAACAACAACAAUAA